AUUAUGCAUCGGGGCCAGGAAUCGGGAGCAUAUUUAAUCUCCAGCCGUUGAAAUCUUCUGCUCUUCUAGACUCUUUCUUUAGGCGUUGGACAUUCACACGAUCAAACAAAGAUGAAGCUUCAGCUACUCGCCAUCUUAGCACUGGCCCUCGCCGCCUAUGCCGCGGACGCCGACGACCCCACUACAGUUUGCCUGCCAUCACAGUUUCAGAGCACCGUUUACGACUUCAACAACAGAGAUCUUGGCGUGGCUGCUGGAGACUUUACCAAGAACCUGACUGUACUAACCUUCCAGAAAGCUAACUUCAGAUUGCUCUACGAUUUGACCGCAUUGAAAACUUAUCUCAUCGUAAAUGACACAUGUACAAAUUUUGACAUGGAUCCCAGCCAAGCCAUCUUCAGAUGUUUACCAGCUACUGCCGUGCCCCUGACCACCAACGUCACAAGAAUCGGCCUAGAGUCCAACGGACUGCCCAUCCUAUCCUAUGCGGUGCCCAUAUCCAACGACAUCGCCAUCAGAGUGGCUGUCACUGACUCCGUGCCAGCCUACCCAGUACUGCGUCAACUGAUUGGUACUGCCGGGAGGUACACCGGAAAUGUCCUCCUCUUUUUGAACACCGUCCUGAACAUUGACCCCCAACUGUUUGUGUUCCCCCUGGUGUGUCCCCCCGUGAGUGUUGCAGGAUAAACGCCAAACUGAAUUUUUUUUUUUGUACUCUGUCCUUGUUUGUACUUUGCACCAAUAUUUUCUUUCUUAUGGCAAUACUAGAUAAUAAAAUGUAAUCGAACCAA